AUGGACGAGAAAAAGAAUGGGGCUGAGCCGAAAACGGUGCAGGCCACUGGCGAGCAGCUACCUGCCUAUGGCGAUUCCGAGCCGACUCGGCCAGGUCUCGGCCAACGGUUCUUGGAUAGCUUCAAACGGGACCCGAAUGCGCAUGUGACUGGCAGCCGUAGUGCGGGUGCCGAUGGCUCGGGUUUCGAUAUCGAGUCGGCGGCCCAUAACACCGCCCAUUCGCCCUUGCAGCGCCGUUUGAAGAGUCGUCACUUGCAGAUGAUCGCCAUCGGCGGUUCCAUUGGCACGGGUUUGUUUGUGGGUUCCGGAUCGGUCCUGGCGACUGGUGGCCCGGCGUCGGUGCUGAUUGCCUACAUUCUCAUCGGCGUUAUGUUGUACUGCACUGUGCAUGCGCUGGGUGAAAUGGCCGUGCUAUUCCCGGUUGCUGGUUCUUUCUCGCACUACUCGACUCGGUUCGUCGACCCCGCUUGGGGCUUUGCCAUGGGCUGGAACUAUGCGCUGCAGUGGCUCGUUGUUUUACCAUUAGAAAUCGUCGCCGCGUCCAUCACGAUCGAUUACUGGAGUCCAGGUGUCUCAAACGCAGCCUGGGUCGCUAUUUUCUGGGCCCUGAUCGUCUCCAUCAACAUGUUCGGUGUGCGCGGAUAUGGUGAAGCCGAAUUCGUCUUCUCGACCAUCAAGGUUGUUGCCGUCAUUGGAUUUAUCAUCCUCGGUAUCGUUCUGAAUUGCGGUGGGGGUCCCGAGGGAGGUUAUAUUGGCGGUCGCUACUGGAACAACCCGGGUGCUUUCCACAAUGGCUUCAAGGGUCUCUGCAGCGUGUUCGUCAAUGCCGCUUUUGCCUUUUCUGGUACUGAGCUCGUUGGGUUGGCUGCCGCCGAAACGGCCAACCCUCGCAAGUCACUCCCGACUGCCAUCAAGCAGGUCUUCUGGCGUAUCGCCCUCUUCUACGUCGUCUCCCUCACUUUGGUUGGCCUCUUGGUUCCCUACACGGACGAACGACUCAUCUCCGGUUCAUCCUCGGCGGAUGCCAAGGCCUCACCGUUCGUCAUUGCUAUUGAGAAUGCGGGUAUCAAUGGUCUUCCCUCAGUUAUGAACGUUGUGAUCAUGGUUGCUGUGCUGUCCGUUGGUAACUCGUCUGUCUACGGUUCCUCUCGUACCCUGGCCGCGCUCGCUGAGCAAGGCCAGGCCCCUAAGUUCUUGGCCUACAUCGAUCGCAAAGGUCGUCCCCUCUGGUCCAUUUGUGUUGCAUCUGCCCUCGGUCUCCUCUGCUUCUUAGCUGCCUCAGAUAAGCAGACCACUGCCUUCAACUGGAUGAUGGCCAUCUCCGGUCUGUCGUCCAUCUUCACCUGGGGAUCAAUUUGCCUGGCUCACAUCCGUUUCCGCCACGCCUGGAAGGUCCAGGGCCACACCCUGGAUGAGCUGGCUUUCCAAUCCCAGCCUGGUGUCAUUGGCUCUUGGAUUGGUUUCAUUUUCAACUGCUUGGUGCUCAUUGCCCAGUUCUGGGUCGGCUUCGCGCCCGUUGGCUACGCCGAUAAGACUACCUCCGAGUUGGUGUACGCCUUUUUCCAGUCCUACCUGGCUGCCCCAGUCGUGAUUGCAUUCUGGAUUCCCUACAAGAUCUGGUACCGCACCAAGAUUGUGAAACCCCAUGAGGUGGACUUGGUCACUGGUCGCCGCGACCUGGAUAUCCAACAUCUGAUCGACCAAGAGAAGGCAGAGCAAGCCGAGUGGCCGAGGUGGAAGAAAAUUUACAAGAUCUUUUGCUAG